GAGGGCUUAUCUCGUGAGUCACGAAUACACGUGUUCAAGAAAACCACGGCACAGCAGUGAAUAAAAGGGCCCUCCACGGGGCACGAAACACAGCCACCUCCUUCGCGGCUGCCCCUGGGAGAACACAGUGGCCAAGAUGGAGAGAUACACCUGGAGAGUCCUGGCGACCCUUGGCCUUGUGGUGGCCGCCACAGCGUUGGAUCCUCAGCAAGACGCGCCACUGAGCUACGAAGAGGCCGUUUCCUCAGCCAUUGACUUCUACAACCAUGAGCCGGAAGUGGCUUUUGCCUUCCAUCUCCUGGAAGCCAGGCCCCAGCCGGAGUGGGACUCCUUGAGUAACGGUGUUCAGGAGCUGGCCUUCACAAUGAAAGAGACCACGUGCCCAACCUCGGAGCAACGAAAUCUGGACGAAUGUGCCUUCAAGGAGGAUGGGCUGGUGAUGGAAUGUUCCGGAACGUUGUCUGUGGAUGACCAGGGGAACCGCGACAUCCUGCUCAAUUGUGAAACGGUGGCUCAAGAGCACAUCCGCGUCCGGAGACGUAUCUUUCGAAAAAUCUUCAGGAAAGUCAAGAAGGGGAUUAAGAAGGUGUUCAAGGGGAAGAGAAUUCUUUUCCAUCUAGGAAGAAUCCCCAUACACAACGGGCCUCCGGCUAAUUUGGGGAAUGGUUAUCGGAACGUGGUUUUGGUGCAAUUUUUGGAACUUUUUAUAUCUGUACCACCUAGUCAUGUGCGUCUGGGCAAGGCAGUGAAUAAAAGGCCCUUCCAUAGGAAGAGAAGCACAGCAGCCAAGAUGGACAGUUGUCCCUGGAGAGUCCUGGUGACCCUUGGCCUUGUGGUGUCCACCACAGCACUGCCUCCUCAGCAAAAGGCGUUGAGCUACGAGGAGGCCAUUUCCUUGGCCAUUGACUUCUACAACGAACAGCCAGGGGUGGCUUUUGCUUUUCAGCUCCUGGAAGCAAAGCCCCAGCUGGAGUGGGACCCCUGGACUCAAGCUGUUCAGGAGCUGGCCUUCACAGUGAAAGAGACCACGUGUCUCACGGCUGAAGAGCUGAAUCUGGAUGAAUGUGACUUCAAAGACGAUGGGGUGGUGAAGAAAUGCUCUGGAACAUUCCUUGCUGAGCAAGAGGUUCCCAAAAUCCAGCUCAGCUGUGAUGAUGUCGCUCAGGAGGAGCGCAUUCGUGUCCGGAGGGAUUUUCGCUCAUUCCUAAGGAAGCUUAAGAGACGUUACCCUGGAAGUUGGUCCCAGAUUGCACAUGGACAUGGUAGAGAAGUGAAGAUUGCAUGAGAAGGUGGGGCUGCUACUGCUGCCCCUGCGGACGGGUGCCAUUGCUGUGUCCCCUUCACAAUGGCUGACAGAGGCCUUUUUCUUCUAGCACCACUGUCUUCCACCCAGUGUCUUCCGCUUGAUGUUGAGGCUUUCAGAAUCCCCCUUCAUUUUCCUCAGCUUAUUGCCUUGAAAAUAAAUUUUUGUGCAAUUGGAA